CAUUGUACAUGUAGGCAGGUAUAUAUUAUGUAUUUAUUUUAGGUACUCACCGUAUAGUGAAUUUCCACCUAUUCUGAAGCUGAGAAUGUUUAAUGUUAUGUAUGUAGGUAGGUACGGACUACAUAUUGGACCGCUUGCCGGAUAUCCGAGGAUCUCUUAGCGUUAAAUCUUUAAACCCGAAUCACCGCGUUGACUUUAGCGGGCAGUGUGUACCUAACAGCACAUGCUAUGUACCUAUCUUUCCUUUAUCAUUCUACCUAAUGCCAAGAAGAAAAGCAGGAGCUUGCUAACGUCAUCUGAAUGAUGAGGGGCAGGUGUCACUGUACAUAGGUAGGUAGGAAUGGGAACUAAGGUUUACGUAACAUGCAUGAUCUGAUAAACCAAAGAUGGAUACCGUUGCCCUUCUCAUCCAAUUAAAUAUUAAGAUCACUCUUGUUUUUCCGUUUCCGCUAUCCCCGAGCUCCAAGGCCUAAAUCGCCGUUGACCGAGCUUCGGAUCUUUUUUCGCGACUUUUGAUAAUUGAUUUGAAAUUCGCCUUCAAGCUUAGGACAACUCCACCAUCUUUCUCCUUCUCAUACACACAUUUCUCCAUAUUCCCUUUAAUAACUGAACACAUAUUUCCGUUUGAUGCCAUCAUGGCGAAUGUGGCAUCUUCAGCACUGAGACAGGCUUCGCGCCUCGCUCUCAAGCAACAUAUCGCCUCAACUCCUCUACGAGGACUUCCGUCCAUAUCAAAAGUGGCAGGUGUAACUGCCGCGCAGAUCGCCCGAAGGGGAUAUGUGUCGGAAACUAAACGCGACAAUGCUCAGGUUAAUGUUGAGACGGCUAUUAGGUUAGAUAAGAAGGACUUCAUGAAUGAGAAAGGAGAGCUUGUUAUGCCAGGCUCCGGCAAUCUCACAAACGGUACAGUUAGCCCGAUGGCUGAAGUGCUAAAGGAGGCAACUGUUUUAGAGGAGGGUCAACGUCCCAUCUAUCUAGACAUGCAAGCUACGACGCCCGUCGAUCCCAGAGUUCUAGACGCCAUGCUGCCAUUCUUCGUUGGCAUCUACGGCAAUCCCCACUCUCGAACACACGCAUACGGCUGGGAAAGUGAAAAGGCCGUUGAGGAAGCGCGAGCGCACGUUGCUAAGUUGAUUGGUGCGGAUCCUAAGGAAAUCAUAUUCACCAGUGGUGCAACUGAAAGCAAUAACAUGAGCAUCAAGGGCGUUGCGAGGUUUUUUGGCCGAUCUGGCAAGAAGAAGCACAUUAUCACAAGUCAAACGGAACACAAGUGUGUUCUUGACAGUUGCCGACAUCUUCAGGAUGACGGGUUUGAAGUCACAUACCUACCAGUCCAAAGCAACGGUUUGAUCGACCUAAAGGAACUAGAAGCCGCAAUCCAACCAACAACGGCACUUGUUAGCAUCAUGGCUGUGAACAAUGAAAUUGGUGUUAUUCAACCUCUGGAAGAGAUUGGCAAGUUAUGCCGCGAGAAGAAGGUUUUCUUCCACACUGAUGGAGCUCAGGCCGUAGGAAAGAUCCCCUUGGACGUCAAUGCGAUGAAUAUCGACUUGAUGUCAAUCUCGUCGCACAAGAUCUACGGCCCUAAGGGUAUUGGUGCCUGCUAUGUCCGAAGACGACCGCGCGUGAGAUUAGAGCCUAUCAUCAGUGGCGGUGGCCAGGAGCGUGGCCUACGCAGCGGAACUCUCGCUCCGCCUCUAGUGGUAGGAUUUGGUGAGGCCUGCCGCAUCGCCCAGGAGGAGUUACAAUAUGACACGAAACGUAUCAAGGCACUGUCCGAUCGAUUGUUAAAGGGACUUUUGGCAUUGGAGCAUGCGACCCAAAACGGUGCCCCUGAAAGCUUCUAUCCUGGAUGUGUCAAUGUCUCCUUCGCAUAUGUCGAGGGCGAGUCGCUUCUUAUGGCUCUGAAGGAUAUUGCGCUGUCAUCAGGCAGUGCUUGUACAUCCGCCUCGCUAGAGCCAAGUUAUGUCUUAAGGGCACUUGGAAAUAGUGAUGAGAGCGCACACAGCAGCAUCAGGUUCGGCAUUGGUCGAUUCACUACGGAGCAAGAAAUCGAUUACGUUCUCAAAGCCGUUCAGGAACGAGUCACCUUCCUUCGCGAACUAAGUCCUCUAUGGGAACUUGUCCAGGAAGGCAUUGAUUUGAACACAAUCCAAUGGAGCCAGCACUGAUGAUGUCACUAACCUCUCUGAAUGCCGAACUCUUUAAUCCUAAUCGCACUUAAGGAAAAGAGGUCUUAUCACUCAUAGAUGAAUAUGUCAAAUUGGGCUAUAUGCCUAGUUUCACCAUCGCUUUUGGUUGGGCGCUGAGGACAAAAACAUCCUCUCACUUGUAAUUUUAGGCGUUAUGGCGGUUUAUUGUGUAUUUCGCUGCUUGAUUGCGAACAUGCAUGCGGUUUCGGGUCGCAUAGGGAAUGCGAUUAUUUUAGGGAGGGCCGCUAGAAAAUCCGGUGGACAUUACUUAUCUCAAUGAUACCAAAUGAAAUGGCAUGCUGAAUAUGAGUUCAUGAGCAAAUUAGUUUCUGGUUGAGAUAGUUGGGAUAUAAGUCCUUCAACACGAUGUUAUGUUUUUGAUGCAUUUGGUUGUCAUUGCUACUCUUGUGAAAUAAAACAUAGCCGAGUAAAUGGAUAUGUUCUAGACGAUAAAACUUGGCAGGACAUCUUGUAUGUGAAACUACAGCUUCAUACCAUGUAGCUGCAAAGGUUUGUUCCCGGGAAGACGGCAUACCGCAUACGGCAUACACUAGGUGCUACGUACCUAGCCAUAGUGAAGCAAUAUAAUGAAUGCCAAGUACGUCAUCGUAGAUACCGCAAAAAAUGUGAUCUAACAUAGGUAUUCAAAGGAGUAAAUGGCUCGUGCUAAAUGCAUGAGAUUACGUAUUUAGCG